AUGGCCGCCCAAAACUGCACCGAAAAUUCACAAAAACGUCCUACUCAAAAUUCGCUCCCUAAGAAGAUUCUAAUCCUUAUUCAGCAUGAGCACUCGAUUAGGUGGUUGUGGCAAAAAUACAGACGACCGGAGGAUCGUCGUUUACUUAAUGCACUAACAAAACAAGUUCGUGAUACCCUGGACAAUUAUAGAACCAAUUCAUACAAAAAAUACUUAUUUGAAAUCCACCCAGCUGAUCCAAAUCUUUGGAGAUGCACAAAAAGACUAAUAAAUAAGGACCAAAAUAAUAUUCCUCCCCUUCAUACCUCAACACAAUUCAAAGCUAUAACUGAUAAAGAAUAA